GAGGAACCCUUAAACAAUUUGUAAAAAACGAUGCGCGGACGUGUGAAUGUAAUAUAUUACGUUCGUGCAACUGCUGCUCCAGUUACGUCAAGAGCGUUACCCGACGGCGUUGUUCAUGAAUGCCAACGUAAACUCAUUUUGAGAACAUUGAAAAAUAACUGAGAGAAUGAAGAGAGUGGGGAAAACGCGACAUGAUUAAGCAAUGCUUGGACAUUGGAAAUGGAUCGUGUGUUUGUUUGUUGAAACUUUUCUUUUUUUUUUUGCGGAUUUACUGCUGAGGAAUUGCUUGAAAUUUUUAGCGAAAGAAUUAUUAUACUGUAAUAGGUGAAUUACGCUAUUUAACGAAAUUCAUUAUUUGACUAUAGGAAAUAUAGAAUUUCAUUUUGUAGCAUUAUGUACAGAGGUCGACACUAAGUUCUGGUAGAAGAAAUCUUUGAUUGGAGAAAAUUUCAGGGCUUUUAGGACUUUCAGGAGAUUUGGAACGUAAAUGUUAAGCUAGGUUAGGAUAAGAUAAGUUACAGAAUGAAACAGGGAUGGAUGAUUCAAUAUUUAAGAGGGAAAGCGGAAACAAAAAUAUUUAAAGAAUAAGAUGACAUGGAAGUUGGUAAAUUAUACAACACGGAAGAGUUCAUGCAGCAAAAUUCUCUGUUCUAAUUAUCUUCUCUUUUAGGUCGUAAAAAGAGGAAUAAGACCACGGUACAAUGAAAAGAUACAUGCAAUGCAAUUUAAAUUUAAAGAAUCCUAACUUGUUGUUAGUUUUAUUAGAGAUUUAAGAUAAAGGGAUUUGGAAGGAAAAAUUUCUGUUUGAAACUUUUGGUUUACAAAAAAAAAAAAAGAAGAACAAGAUUGGAAUACGAUAGAAAAAAAUGUUCAUACGAAAUUUUUAAUCGUAAAGGACUUAAAUGCAAGAUUCUAAUUUAGAUAUACUUAAGAUUCAAGACGAAAGAAUUUGCAGGGAAAAAUCUCUCUUUUGUCCGUCUCCAUUUUGACACAACGUGAAACGGUGAGAGGAAGAAAAGAUCACGCUGCACGUCGUCGCCGUCGAGAAAUCUGGACUCCGAGCGGUAUUCGAGAAGAAUUCCGAAGCAUCGUGGAUACAAAAUCGCUUGACAUUCUGCACAAUAACUUGCGACUCGUACAUGUGCUGAUCGUCUGUCGCAGAUUUAUUACAAGAUCGAAGAAACGACCAGAGUCCAGAGUCUCGGAGUGUUUUCCCCUCUCUUCUAAUUCCGGCAUAGUCCUUAGCUUAUCUGCGAGUCUGUACUUAUUGCCACUCGUGGCACCUCUCUGAUGCAAGAAGUGUAUCGGAUAAACGGAGAGAGAAAGAGAGAAAGAAAGAGAGAAAGAGAAAGAGGCGUUUGUUAAGCUUUUUACGAUUUUCACCGGAACGAACGUGGUCCAAUUAAUGCGAUUACUAUGCGCCGGAAGCUUCGCGUUGUCGUAACGGGCACGUUCAAAUUUUAAUUCGAAAAGAGAAUCUUAAUAGCUCUUUGGGAUUUUAACCUCGUGCUUGGUAAAGAACGCUUCGUGUAGCUAAGUGGUCGUUAAAAGAUAGAAAGGUAGAGGAAAGAAAAGGAAAAAGGAAGGGGAUCGAGGGAGGAGAGUGAAGGAUUCAAGGAUAUGACAUGAAAAGCAGCGCGAGAAUAUUCAUGAAAAAAGAGGAUACUAAGGGACCGUUAACUUUAGAAGGAUCUCCCUUUACUAUUCAAAGCAGCUUGGAGGGAAACAUACGCGGGAAAACAACGGCAACGCCACGCUUCACUCUUACAUGCAAAUUACAACGUUUCUAAGUUAACUGGAAACUGACGGUGGUCAGAGGGUUGGAAACUUUCAGACACGUAUAUGCGAGCACACUUAAUUGACAAUUAAGCGGCAAAGAAGCGGAGAGGGGGCGACUUUCUCAUUUAGAAUACCCGCAGCGUGGAGCAGAGGAUCUUACGGGAAAACAAUCUCUCCUGCACACGGAACGGACGGUCCCAGUGAAAAAUUCAAUUGCUGGCUUGAAUCACGUCCCUUGAUAAAGAAUCGCCGGAAAGGAAUUUCCGUUCGGGCGCCAGAAGGGUUCCUUUUUAUCCCUCUCCCUCUCCCUCUCUCUCUCUUUCUCUUUCUUACUUCUCUUUCUUCGACUGCUGAAAGAAUAACCAGCUCCAGUUUUCUUCAUCCGACGAAACGGAUCCACCUAAAAUUUUUAUUGAUAGACCAUCGAAUACCUCCUUGUUCAAAAGAAAAGUAAUCUCGAUCUUGAAGAACGUUUGAAGGAACCAAGAAAGCGAUCAAUCAUUCAGACACUUGUUACGCGGUUCAUCAAAAGGUUAACAACUGUGGCGAGAAAGAAGUCACGAAGAGCUAGAAAGAAACGCAACUAAGUUCGACUUCGAUCUUGUGAGGAAUUAUAGAAAAACUAGCUGUUACAGUACUGUCCUUGUAUAAUUUAGAAAAAAAAGAGGAAAAGGAAAGGACUGUGUCUAGUAACAAGACUAGUAAUAGACAAGUAGUAAACAGAGUAUAAGACACUAGCUUAUUAAUUAUCAAACAGCAAAAUUGAAUUGAGCAACAAAUCUAGCGACGAUCGUCGAACAAUUUAAAAAAUAUUAAGAUUCUGCCCAUCAAAGUACUUCCUCUAAUAACAGAACUAACAGCAGUUAAAUAGUAAACGAAGUAUAAGAUGAUAUUUCAUUAAUUUAGUACGAUAGUCAAUAGAGAAAUUCAGUCGAGCAACAACUCUAGAGAACUCGUUGAAGAAUUUUAAUAACGUAACGAUCCUGUCGUAGUCGACUAGUAGACGAAAUAUAAGAAACUAUUUCAUUAGUACUUAAUCAACCGUAUACUGGAUAGAGGAAUUGAACUGUACAGCAGGUAUAUUGACGUUUGUCGACGAGUUUUAUUAAGUUAAGGACAGUGUCCGACGAAAGGGACACUUUUUUUCAAAACGGUGGAAAGGAAGUCACGAAACACGGCGAACCACUACGGUAUCCACUACACGGGCUCGUACGCUUAUAGCAACGGAGCACCGAGCGUGUACAACAGCUAUCCGACGAACGGCGGGUUCGUGCAGUCUCAUCUCCAUGAAGACUAUCGGCCGAUUUACUUUUACGUAGCACAGCCCUAUACUAUCCCGUACACGUUCGCCAAGAGACCGAGGCCAUCGUCGCUGCUGAGGCCAGGCAAACCUCGGAGCAACUGUCGCGUCAAGUUUUCCAAGAGGCUCGGCAACGGCGACUUCUCGCAGAAGGUCAAGCAGGGCGAGUUCUCGAGAAGCCUCAGCCAGGUGCACUUUGUCGAGAGCCAGGGGCAAGUGAUCUCAAACUAUCCGAAGACUGGCUUGCCCCGUGAUCCAAGGAUGACGUCGAUGUUCCGAAGGGGCACGAUCUUUGCUACGUUCUUCUUGUCGUUACUGGGCGGUGGGCUGGUUUGUGCUGCUCUGGUGACGCAACAUUGGGUCGAGGCGCGACCCUUAAGAACUCCAAAUCCUCAAGAAAGCGCUGGCAGAGUUCACUUCGGCCUUCUUCAAGGAAAAAAGGAACUAAACGUCGCUUAUGGCUGGAGGACAUAUCAUAUCUCUGUACCUCAAAUGAUCAAGCAAGAUCCGACGGUGAUGUCCUGGGGACUGUGGAUCAGCACUCUAACAACAACCUCAGCUGCACUUGUCACCGCUGGCCUGGCUGCUUUACUCGCCGUUCUGAACACAGCCACUUCUCCUAGAUCUAAGAUCCUUUCUGAUCCUGGAGUAUAUUUUAUAAAUAUCUUAACACUACUAAUGUGCAUGGCGAGUACGAGCACUUGGCUGGCGCAGUAUUACACGAAGCUAUACUUCAACGUGCUUCCAAAGGAGGAUAUUGAUAAUAUGUGGACCAGCGAAGGUUCUGCCGAGCUUGGUUAUUCAUUUUGGUUGGUUGUUUGUGCUGGUGUGGUGCAUUUAAUCAGCAUAGCAUUGGUAGGCUGGGGCUCAGGACGAGACAAAAUCGAACGCCUGGAGACAAUUCCCGCACUGGAGGAAAAGACCGCCGCGGCAAUAAUGCUGUAUUGAAUCCCAAGGCUCUUGAGACGAGGACUCAAAGACAGAAGAGAUCCAUUACAAAAAUUACACAGAGUGCUGCUCAUAUUUGUUAGCAUGUGUCGAGGCAACAGGAGUCGAUUAAGCAGAGAGCUGGCUACGAUAUUUCUGCUAUUCGAGAAAAGACAAGUUCCUAGAUGUUUGUUAGCAUACUUAGCAUCGUAAUGUAAAAAAAAAGGAAGAGCAAGCACGUUAACGGCAUUACCACUUAAAUCGUGUUAAAGCUUCAGUGUGAAAUUUGAAGAAUGU